AAUACAAAACACAAAUGCCUUAUCGGUAAUGUAAUAUUUAAGACUCAGUUCUUACGUGUAGCUUGAACGAGAAUAACAAGCCAUGUCGGUCGCCAGCACCUUUGAGUCAAGCAAGAUAGUGCCGGAUGUCAUUCCUAGCGCACCCACGAAAUCCAUAACGUUGAAGUACCCCAGCGGUGCAGUGGCCCAACUCGGCAAUGAGUUGACUCCAACUCAAGUGAAGGAGCAACCUUCCGUGAGCUUCGAAGCAGACCCUAACUCUUACUACACACUCAUCUUCACAGACCCCGACAACUAUGAUGGUCCAGAGAAGGUGUACCGUGAAUGGCACCACUGGCUGGUUGUGAAUAUUCCUGGAGACAAGGUGGCUGAUGGUGAGGUCCUGUCAGGAUACAUCGGUUCAGGUCCUCCCGAAGGCACCGGCAUCCAUCGAUACGUGUACAUCGUCUAUAAGCAGCCUGGCAAGCUGACCUUUGAUGAACCCAGGCUGACAAACAAAUCAAUCGACGGCAGAGCAAUGUUUUCAACUAAAGUGUUUGCUCAAAAAUACAACCUUGGCGCACCCUACGCCGGUAACUUCUACCGAGCACAAUUUGACGACUACGUGCCACUGCUUUACAAGAGUCUCGGAGUCUAACUGAGAAAGAGUUUGCCAGAUAUUUAUUGAAUAAAUUUUAUAAGUGUAAAA